AAAAAAUUCUACUUCCGGAAGAAGCCGACGAGGACUCUCAUGAGCGCCGCGGAACAAGAUUGAGGAUGAAACAAACCUGAGGCUGAAGUCAUUUGGUGCGUGUGGAGGUUUGAACUGCGAGAGUGUGAGUUCAAAGCAUAAGGCAAAGGGGCUGCCAAAGAGAAGAAAGAAGAAGAGGGUUUUUCUACAGUGCCCAGUCCACUGUAGUCGGUGUUCGCUGUAAAAUAGACUCUACACGCACAACUUUGAAGCACCUGCUGUGUGAAGUUACUUCCUGCUGUUGGGUGACAGUGGACUAACGCGAGGAGCUAAAGAGAUGGACCAGAACAACAGUAUACCACCCUUCCAGGGGCUGGCCUCCCCUCAGGGUGCCAUGACCCCAGGCAUGCCAAUCUUCAGUCCUAUGAUGCCAUAUGGCUCAGGUCUGACACCCCAGCCCGUCCAGAACACCAACAGUUUGUCUAUACUGGAGGAACAGCAGAGGCAACAACAGCAGCAGCAGGCACAGCAGGCAAACGCAGGCCUUCCUGGAACGUCGGGGCAGACCCCUCAGCUUUACCACUCCCAGACAGUUGCAGGCUCGACAACCACAGCGUUACCAGGGAACACCCCGCUCUACCACACCCCGCUGACACCCAUGACACCUAUCACACCGGCCACACCAGCCUCUGAGAGCUCUGGAAUAGUACCACAGCUACAAAACAUAGUAUCAACUGUAAAUCUGGGCUGUAAACUGGACUUGAAGACCAUCGCCCUGAGAGCCAGGAAUGCAGAAUACAACCCAAAGCGUUUUGCUGCAGUCAUUAUGAGAAUACGAGAACCCAGGACCACUGCUCUCAUCUUCAGCUCUGGGAAGAUGGUCUGCACUGGAGCCAAGAGUGAGGAGCAAUCGAGGUUAGCUGCCAGAAAAUAUGCGCGUGUGGUGCAGAAGCUCGGUUUUCCUGCCAAGUUCCUGGACUUCAAGAUUCAGAACAUGGUUGGAAGCUGCGAUGUAAAGUUCCCCAUUCGGCUGGAAGGAUUAGUUCUCACACAUCAGCAGUUUAGCAGCUAUGAACCGGAGUUGUUUCCUGGACUGAUUUACAGAAUGAUCAAACCCAGAAUCGUCCUGCUCAUCUUUGUUUCUGGGAAAGUUGUACUCACAGGUGCCAAGGUGAGAGCCGAGAUCUACGAAGCGUUCGAAAAUAUUUAUCCCAUCCUGAAAGGCUUCCGCAAGACAACGUAGAACCCGGAGCGCCUUGUUUUACCCCCGACUUUGUUUGACUGAUUUUAUUUUUUUUAUUCACAAGAAGUGUCAACUACAUGUUGACUUCUAAAAGUGGACUGCUGUUGCACAGGGAUGUGAGUCAUCAUCGUUUUUCUGGGUUUUGUCCCUCCAGUGUUGCAGGUGAUUUUUUUUUUGCCGGGCUUUGAUCACAAGUGAAGGUGUAUUUGACACAAAGACCGUUCAUUUCAAACCCUUUCUCUGUUUUUCCUCUGUUAUUUUUGGGUUUUGCGGUUUGUCCUGAUCCCAUCGCUGAUUGUACAUAAGACUGUAAAGAAAUGUAAAAAGCGCUUGUUAGAAGAGAAGCAGUCUGAUAACGACUGUUUUUAAGUUUUUAUUUUAAGCCAUUUUAAAUA